AUGACACAUUUUUUAAUUUUGUCUAUUUGGGUAAUUUUCUUACUUGGGUAUAGCAAACGUGUAUUAGCUUUAAGGGGUAAUGAAGAAAAUUUUAAGUUAUUAAAUGAAGGCAACUUUUUUGUAAAUGAUUUAAAAAAUUACAAAAAUGAACUUGAAUCACAGAUAAGAGACUUAAAAAAAAAUGAGGAUUUACCAAAUGAAGUAGAUUUUCAAUUAAAGGAAUUGAAUGAUUUAAUACGCAUCGUAAGUGACACACAAAAAGUACAAAAGGAUCAGUUAAUGAAUUUUUCUAAUUCUUUAGAAUUAACAAAAUUAUCAUUAUUAAAAAUGCUAAAUGAAUAUGAAAAUAGAAUUGAUCAAUUAGAAUACUAUAUAAUGGAGAUAAAAAAAUUUGAUCCUUAUGUAGAAAAAUUUAAUUACCCCAUAUCAAAAUAUUGGUUAAAAAUAGAUAUUAAUAAUCUAAAAUCAUAUUGGAAAUUUCAAAAAAAUAAAAAUUAUAUAUCAAUUGUUCAAGUGAUUGAUUUAAUAAAUUUAAAAAAACCUUCAACUAUUUUACUACUAAAGCAUCACAAACUAAUGGAUGGUUAUAUAAAUGUUGAUUUAUUCAUAAAACCUUCAUAUAUAUCAAAAAUAAAUCAGUCUUCUUCAGGAAUUGUUUUUAAUUUUAUAAAUGCACAUAAUUACAGAUUUGUUGAAUUAUCUUUUUUAAGUAAUCAGUCAUUAGUUAUUGUAAGUGAAGUAGUAAAUGAUGUCUAUACAAAAAUAAUUUCAAAGAGCGUAGAGGCAGACAAAAAUGAAUUCAAUUCCUUAACAUGCGAAUUUAUUGAUAAAAAAAUAAAUAUAUUUUUAAAUUAUAAGAAAAUAAUAGAAAUUAAUAUAACAAAUUCAGAUAUUAAAAACUCUGUAGGAUUAUUCACAAAAAUGGGUACAGCACAAUUUAAAAAUAUAUUAAGUGGAAAUAUAAAUUUUGAAAAAGAAUUAAAACAUAAAUUAUUAAAUUCAGACGAUAAAGAUAUUUCAAGCAUUAACUUAAAUGAUUCAUAUCGCUUCUCCAAGAAAGUUGAUAGAGAUGAUUUAAGUGUAUAUGAAAUACCAUAUUCUAAUAAAGAUUAUGAUAAUUACGUAGAAAAAGAAAUUUAUAAUGUUUACCCUGUUGCCGAAUCCAAUUCAUAUUAUGACCAAGAAAAUUUAACAUUUAAUAAUUUAAAUAAAGAUGAAAAAUGGCAAGAAAGAGAAUAUUUAUGUAAUAAAUUUACCAAUAAUGAAUUUAAUUUAUAUGAUUGGUUAAGUAAUAAUACUCUUUAUAAUUGGAGAGUUGCUAAUGAAUUUGGUAUUAAAAGAGUUUUUGUUCAAGGUGGUUAUAAAAAUUCUAUUUCUAAAACAUCAUUAGUCUAUAAAUAUAGUUCAUGUAAUUCUGCAAAUUUGUCAGCUUAUGUAAAAUUAGAAUAUAAUAGUGAAGCUGGGUUGUUGUUCAGAUAUGACAACGAAGAAAAUAUGUAUAUUGUAACAAUUUCAACAAAAAAUAAAGAAAUCAUUUUAAAAAAAUAUAAAAAUAACAAGGAAACAAUUAUUAGAAGUGAAUAUAUUAAAAAUAUAAAUUCUUUUCAAAGACAUCAUAUAUUAAUAAAUGAUGAAGGAGAAAAAGGAAUUAUAAAUAUAUAUUUAGAUGAUACUAAAAUAUUUUCUAUAAAUAAUGAAAAUUAUUACAAAUCAGGAUUAUUUGGUUUUUAUGUUGAAUAUGGUUAUUCUACAUUUGAUACAUUUAAAAUAUAUGAGAGAGAAAAAAAAAAUAUUUAA